AUGUCAUCUUCUUCUUCACAUGAAAUUGUCCUCACUAGCUCUCCUGAUGGCCCCAUUAUCGCCUAUGAUGCAUCCUCAGGUGCUCUUCUAGCCCACUUCACCGGCACCCAAACACCUCGUCAAGGCCUCACCCUUGUGGGAAACAGCACUUUGAUUGCUGCCUCUCAUAUCUCCUCAGCCACAGGUUCUGGUUCCAUUCACCUCUACAACUGGUGGUCUUCAACUGUUUUCCACCACCUUCCUCUCCCUGAACCUGUUGCUCCCCUCAUUGCCUCUCUUGAUGGUUUCUAUCUCUUUGCUGGUGGCCUUUCAGGUAAUAUCCAUGUGCUCUCACUCCCCUCAGCUUCAGGGAACGUACUCAAAGCAUUUCCUGCUCACCACAGUCCUGUAUCUUGCCUCAAAAUCAGUGAUGAUGGAUCACUUCUCAUUUCAGGUGGUGAUGAUGGUACCGUGGUUGUUAUCCCAAUCUCUCAACUUAUAGGGGCCUCCUCAUCAACAGAUGAGAAUGCAAGCAACUUCAUAUUGCACAGGUUUGUUGCACAUGCUGAUUCAGUGACAGCCAUUACUUGUGGAAUUGGACUCUGCAACUCUACAAUUAUAAUUUCCUGCUCACUGGAUUGUACAUGUAAGUUUUGGAAUCUUUUACUCGGGACACACCUGCGGACAGUGGAAUUCCCAUGCACAGUUUUUGGGGUUGCACUAGACCCGACAGAGUCGGAGUUCUAUGUUGCAGGAUCAGAGGGUUUUAUUUACAAGGGAACAAUGAAGGUUGAAAGCAAACAGCUUGUAAGCCAAGGGCUUCAACUUGUGAAAUGGGCUCAAAAGCAUGGUGGGGCAAUCAUGUCUUUGGUGAUGAUGAAUGAGGGGCAGAAUUUGAUUUCUGCUGCAGAAGAUGGAAGCGUUUGGGUUUGGGAAGCCGUAACAGGACAGGUCAUUAUGACUCUUCAAAAUGAAAUGGGAAGCAUUAGUCAUAUGGUGGUGGCCACUGGGCGUGGUGCUAGAAUGGAUAGUAGUGGAAGUAAUGAAUCAACUGGGAAUUGGAGUCUCGGUUUAUCUGGGACUGGUAGAGAGUUGAGUUUGCAGGUAAAGCAAACACAAGAAAUGGAAGAUAUGUUGACCGUGGUGGCAAAGGAUAGGAGUAAAGCUAUUGAUAUGCUUGAAUCUGCUAUUGAAAUGUAUGAGAGGCUCCUGGAGCUCAUCCUCAAAGAAGCCAAGAAAGGUACUAGCAAUGGUGGUGAGUAAGAGAAAGAUAGACAUGUAAGCUAAGUUAGUUAUCCAAACAUGAGUAAAGAAUA